AUGGCUGGCAAAAGAAAGAGAGUCGAAAUAGCGAGCGCGCCUCCUACGAAGGGCGCUACGCCUGUGAAGAAAGCCAAGCCAACCACGAACGGCUCUGCUUCGAAAGAAGACGAUUCGGCCGAGGAGUUGACAAUCCAGAUUGUCGCCGGUUCGUACGAUCGCGUUCUGCACGGUAUCACCGCUACUAUCAAGCCUGAGGGGACGGUCGAUUUUGCCGACACAUUCCUCUUCAGCGCACAUACAUCUGCAAUCCGCGCCGUUGCCUUGUCGCCUAUUUCAGCUCCCAUUCCCGGCCAGAGCCAAAAGGUCCUGCUGGCAUCAGGAAGCACCGACGAACGAGUCAAUCUGUACAACCUAUCUGCGCAUCCCCCGAGCCGGAAAAGCCAGGAGCUUCUCUCCUCCGUUGCUCCCCGCCCUAUCCUCGAAAACCCCAAGAAUCGCGAAUUGGGCACGUUGUUGCAUCACACAUCGAGCAUCACCAAGCUGGUGUUUCCUACGAGGUCUAAGCUACUUUCUUCAAGUGAGGACUCGACAAUCGCCAUCACAAGGACAAGAGAUUGGUCUGUUUUGUCGACCGUUAAGGCGCCCAAGCCCAAGGUGAUGGGCAGGCCCAGUGGUGACACUGCUCCUUUCGGCGGAACGCCUUCUGGCAUCAACGAUUUCGCCAUCCAUCCCAGUAUGAAGUUGAUGAUCAGUGUCAGUAAGGGCGAGAAGAAGAUGCGGCUGUGGAACCUGGUAACUGGCAAGAAAUCUUCUGUCUUGGAGUUCAGUCGAGAGCACUUGCAACAGCUCGGAGAAGGAAGGCAUUCGACUGGUGAGGCUCGCAAGGUGGUCUGGGGUUCGGCGGACGAUGAGCAAGAGUUUGCGGUCGGCUUCGAUCGUGAUAUCGCCGUGUUUGGCAUGAAUUGCGAAAUCAAGUGCCGCGUCAUGCCGGAGCCUCGAACCAAGAUCCACGAAGUUUUCUAUGUUCCUGUUGAGGGCGAGACGGAAGAGAGCUUCUUGGCUGUAUCGACUGAGGAUGGCCGCGUCCUGUUCUUCUCUACCAAGGAGAGUGACCUGAACAAGGCCGACGAGGAGGGGAAGCUAUCUACAGCCAAGUUGAUUGGCCAAGUCGGCGGCAAGGAGGCAGGUGUCUCGGGCCGCAUCAAGACGAUGGCCAUAUUGGAGACGAAGGAAAAGGACUCGACAGCUUUGAUUGUAAUUGGAGCCAGCAGCGACGGCAAGGUACGAAUUUGGAAGGUCGGCGUGAAGGAGCUUGUUGCAGGAAAAGGCAAGCAAGUAGGCAGAACAUUGGGAACCUACGACACACAAAACCGCAUCACAUGCAUGGCAGCGUUUACGAUGAUACCCCGGCCGGAGGGAGUGGAGGAGAGCGAAGACGAAGCCGAGGAGGACUCUGAGGAUUCCGAGGACGAGGAAGACGAGUAG